AUGGACCUUACAUUAUUAGAGUCAAAUAUUGGAAUACCGAGCCUUCCAAAUCAAGCUUGUGAUGAAUUGUUAUCCAACUUAAUCGAAAUAGGAGACUUAGCAUCUUGGUCUCUUUCUUCUGCAAAACCAGGAAAUGGAAUACAACAGUUAAGAGACAAUAAUUCAAGUACAUUUUGGCAGAGUGACGGCCAAAGCCCACACACAAUUACAUUGAGAUUCCCUAAAAAAACAAAAAUUUCUGUAAUAGAUCUUUACCUUGCAUACAAAAUAGAUGAAAGUUAUACUCCUCAAAUCAUUUCUAUUAGAUCCGGUAAUCAAGAGAGCGAUCUGGAAGAAAUAAAAGAAAUGCAGCUAACCGAACCUGAUGGAUGGGUAAGAAUUCCUCUUUCUCCAAGAGAAAUCGCAGAUAAUUUUUUUAAAGAUGCAAUGCCAAUGCAAAUCAAGACAAUAUGCGAUUCUCAAAAUUACAUUUCUGCAUUUUGCAUUCAGAUAGCAAUACUUGCAAAUCAUCAAACUGGAAGAGAUACACACGUCAGGCAAAUAAGAGUUUGGGGGCCAAGAGAAGUAAACAGUAAUGUUGUAGGAAAGGUUCCAAUUUCACAACCGAUAAAAAUGGGUACAUCAAUUGACACAAAGAUGUAUCAAUACAGCAAUUACCAAUAUUACAAAGAUGACAACUUCAAGGAAUACAAUGAGCCAAAUUCACUCUUAAAGUAUAUGGCAAUUGGAAUAAAAAUCAUAAUAUAUUCAAUUUCAUGGAUUAUGGUACUAAUAUGGGAUGCAUAUGAAUAUGGAAUGGUUUUUUAUGGGCUAAUUUUGAGUAUAUAUAUCUUGAGGUAUUACUCAAGAUACUCAUGUUUAAAAUACAUAUUUGAAGAGAGUCUUAAGAAACAAAUAUUAAAAAACAUAUUACCAAAUAGUUUAGUAGAAAUGUUAGGUUGA